GGCGGCGAGCCGAGGGCCCGGCCGUUGAGGGCUGCAGCCGCGGUGCGGGAUGAGCGGGUCCCUGGGCCGGGCGGCGGCGGCUCUGCUGCGCCGGGGGCGCGGCGCGGGCGGCCUGCGGGCCCCGGGCGUGCGGGCGGCGGGCGCGGGCGGCGGCGCGGCGGCGCGGCUGGACGCGCUGGUCAAGAAGGACAAGGUGGUGGUCUUCCUCAAGGGCACGCCCGAGCAGCCCCAGUGCGGCUUCAGCAACGCCGUGGUGCAGAUCCUGCGGCUGCACGGCGUGCGCGACUACGCGGCCUACAACGUGCUGGACGACCCGCAGCUCCGGCAAGGCAUCAAGGACUACUCCAACUGGCCCACCAUCCCGCAGGUGUUCCUCAACGGCGAGUUCGUGGGCGGCUGUGACAUCCUCCUGCAGAUGCACCAGAACGGGGACCUGGUGGAAGAACUGAAAAAGCUGGGGAUCCACUCUGCCCUUUUAGACGAAAAGAAAGACCAAGACUCAAAGUGAGGGCGCCUGGGCCCCCCGGAGCCGCAUGCGGAGCUGCAGGAGGGGCCGAGGGGCCGGGGACUCACCAGCGGAGGCCGCCCGGCCUGAGUGCCCUGCUCAGACCCCUGCUGCCCUGACUGCCCGUUUGCCCCAGUUGGGUGAUUUCCGUGUGUCCUGUGUUCGGCUUCAGAAGAUUCGAUUGUGGACUUUUCUACUAUAACCACUGCACUCUGCUGAUCCAGUGUCGGCGAUGAUGUGGCUAACAGAUCUGUGCUUAUGUUGUCACUUGCCCUUUGCCUGAUUCAGGAAUAAAACUAGGAGAUUUUGAAUCAUUAGUAUCCACGACUCCUCUGCAGUUGCGUCAGUCUGCAAAGAGAGCGCCUCCCCUCAGCCCCUCAAAUUUUUGUAACUUGUUUUUCCGUUAAGAAAAAUGAUAGGGGAGAAAAUGUGGCAAUUGGGGUGUGUCUUUUAAAAUAAAAUGCCAACACGGGCGCUGUGUGUGGGUUGUUAAUUCUGAGCAGCAAUAAAUCUGUCGUCUUCUGUUCGACCUGCUAGAAUAAAAUACCACAGG